CUCGCCGCUAUCGUCCUUCGCUGAUCGGGAAUCGGGAGUGCCGCAGCAGGCGCUUUCGAUCCUAGUCUGCCAUGGGAGUUCGUUUCCAUCCCUGCACGGUCACGACAACAGCAGGCACACAAUCGAAAUUCAAACAUAGCUUUACAAUGCUUUUGAAGUAAAAGAAAAGAUAGAAUACAAUUGAGAAAGAGAAGGCGAAACAAAAUUCAAGAAGUUUCAUGUAAUCAGCUGGACAAAAAGGGAGGCUAGAAUCAUGGUGGGAUCUCCAAGAAUGAUACUAACGAUGGUCUGGAUGAAGAUCUCGAGGAUUCUCAGCAUCUUGUUACCUCCUCCGCCAUUCUUCCGACGGCUAAUUUCUUUCGGAUUCAUAUUCAGAGCCAAAGAUUUUUCAGCAGUGUUUCCUCCGCUUCUGUGCCAUUCAUUUAAAGCCAUUUCAGUAACACAAGCCACAUGAACAUGGUAGUUGCCGCAGUCAGAGAUGUAGGACCACCCAUUGCCUCGGCCGCCGUGUUUGGGGCGCCUACUCUUGCACCACAUGCACUUCCCUUUCACCUCCUUGUGGAGAUUGAACUCCACGUCUUCAAUUUGGUAACUAUUUUUGAGGUUUCGGCAGCAUGGGUGGAGGUCCAAGUCAUCUUCCUCGCAGUGGAACACGAAGCCAUUGAUGGUUUUUCUGCAAGCGUCGCACCUUACUAUGGUCUCGUGGCAGCAUUUUGGUGGGUUUCUGAGGAACUCAAAGGUGGAGCCCGGAAAGAAUUCAUGGGAAUUCGGUGCAUUGUGUGCAAACAUACAGGCUUUGUGGAGAUCAAAAUCGCAUUUAUCGCAUCGGUAUCGAGGGCCGAAGCCUGUUUCCUUGCAGCCAUCGCAGGAAUAAGGUUUCUGAUACUCCUUCAGCUCCAAUUCAUGCAUCUGGUGGCUUGGAUUACGCAAGGUCUCCAUCGCCAUUUCUCUGUGUUGCCUUCAAAAGAAAAAACAAGAACAAUUCUGGGUGCAGGGAAAAGAGCAGAGCAGAGAAGAGAUUUGAGAAUAUGCAGAAUGGAAUGCGUGGCUAUAUAUAAAAAGGAAAUCGAAGGCAUUGAGUUUCAGGUCGGAAGCUUUUGAUCUGUAUUGUGUUUGGAUUGUGGUGGAGGGGAAAAGGAAGGGAUAGGUGAUUGGAGAGCAGCAAUGAGAGUUCCUUAUAUCUCUCAUUUAUAAACUUUUUAAGCCUCUUCCUCAUGCACCACAUGCAGUUGCCUUUGAGUUCUGGGCAGCAGGGGUGGAGAUCCAAGUUGUCUUUCUCGCGGUGGUACACAACGCCAUAGAUUGGCUUUUUGCAGGCGUCGCAGUUCCCUUUGCAUCCGUCGUGGCAGGCUCUCGGUGGGGUUCUAAGGAAUUCGAAGGUGUAAGGUUUCAGGAAAAACUUCGGCUACAGUUCAUGCUCUGGAUGGCUUGGAUUGAUCGCCAUUUCUUUGUGAUACCUUAAAGAGAAAGAAUUGUGACUAUGUGGAUUGAGAAGAUUGCAGGAAGAGCAGGGAAGUCAUCUAGGGAAGUCAUUUGGGGAGCUUGAAGACUUUUUGGUUUGAUUUGCUUCGUAAGCGGAUCUGCUAACCCGAGUGUUUGCCUAGACCCUUUGCAUCUGUUUCCAGCUUGAUACGAACCCGGACUUGAGAUUGUCAUACCACUCGUAGGCAAGACCGUUAAUUCUCCUAAACCUUUCUAACUCAUCUUCUUCCUAAACUUCUUCUUCCUAAACUUAUAUUACUUGACCUGAACUUUACAGUCGAGUAAACGAACAAAAUCCUGAACAUGAACAAAAAUACGAGUCAAUGAAAUCCUCAACCUUGUAAA